AUGGGGCCUAGGGCGCCAAAGACUGCAAAUCCGCCACUGAGUGUAGGGUGGCAAGUAUUUACUCUAUUUUCUUAUUUUUAUAGUGCUUUAUCCCAAGUCGAUGGUGUCGUAACACCUAAAUUAGCGAAGAGAUUCCCCGAAAACUUCCUGUUCGGGGUCUCGAGUUCUGCCUACCAGAUCGAAGGCAGCUGGAACAUCGAUGGAAAAGGACAAUCAACAUGGGACUACUACCUUCACAAACAGCCCGAUAUCGUCGAGGAUAGCACCAACGCCGACGUUACCACCGACUCCUACCGGCUUUUCCAGCGAGACGUACAAAUGCUCAAACAUUUAGGCGUCAAAAGCUACAGAUUCUCUCUAUCCUGGACCAGAAUACUCCCCGAUGGAACGACCAACCAUAUAAACCCACUUGGGAUCGCUCAUUACAGAAAAUUGAUAGACUUAUUGCUAGAAAAUGAUAUCCUGCCGCUUGUGACUUUAUAUCAUUGGGAUUUACCUAUCGCGUUCGGUAAAAAUGGUGGCUGGUUGAAUGAAAACACAGCAGACAGGUUCGGAGAUUAUGCAAGAGUAGCUUUUCUCGCGUUUGGUGAUAAAGUAAAGCAUUGGAUAACGAUAAACGAGCCGUUUAUGCACUGUUCAUUUAGCUAUGGACUUGGCUUGCAUCCCCCUUUGAUAAAAUCUCCCGGGAAAGGGUUCUAUGAAUGUGGAAGGAACUUGUUAUUGGGGCAUGCCAGGGCUUAUCAUAUUUAUGAUGAGGAGUUCAGGUUUCAAGGGGGGAAGGUGGGAUUGGUGGUGGACGCUCAGUGGCCGAUAGCGGCCACGGGGUCGGAGGAAGACACGCAAGCUGUAAAGGACUACUUGGCUUUAUAUGUGGGGCAAUACCUAGACCCAGUGUUGAAAGGCGGCUACCCCCAACGCCUGCUUGAUCGGGUAGCAGCAGCGAGCACACGCCAGGGCACAGACUCCCGGCUGCGGCCUCUCAGCAAGGAUCAGAAGGCAUAUAUCCGCGGCACGUAUGACUUCGUCGGGAUUAACCAUUAUAGCAGCCUGAUGGUGUACAGAAACGAGUCAGUGAUCGGAAUGUACGACGAACCCUCAUUUUACGACGACGUCGGUAUCGGCACAUACAUGGAUGACUCGUGGCCUGCGAGCUCGUUUGACAGUAUGAGGGACUACGCGCCAGGAUUCUACUCCCUACUCAUCUACCUCAAAGACACAUACGACAACCCAGUUGUCUACAUCACCGAAAAUGGUUUCCCUCUAUCAUCAGCUGAGGGUCUAGACGAUUGGAAGAAGGCUAAUUAUAUGAGGCACUAUUUAGACGCUUUGGCGGACGCGAAGGCAGAUGGGUCGAACUGUCAGGGGUAUUUCUUCUGGUCGCUGAUGGACAGUUUCGAAUGGGCCAGUGGAUAUGAGUACAAAUUCGGCCUCUACCAAGUGGACUUCGAAGAUCCAGACAAGAAACGAACCGCUCGUAAAUCCGCGCUGGUGUACAAGGAGAUAAUACGCACUGGGACUAUUGAUGAUAGCUACGACCCGAACCCUUACCAACAUAAUGGAACUGUUUAUUAACAGAAUUUCGAGGGAAUCUG